GCAAGAUGGCGGCUCCCACGGACGGCACCGACCUGGAGACCUCGCUGCUGAGCUUCGAGAAGCUGGACCGUGCCUCCCCGGAUUUGUGGCCCGAGCAGCUGCCUGGUGUUGCUGAGUUCGCCGCCUCCUUCAAAAGUCCUAUUACAAAUUCUCCUCCCAAGUGGAUGGCUGAAUUAGAAAAUGAUGAUAUCGAUAUGUUAAAGGAACUGGGGAGCCUCACCACAGCUAACCUGAUGGAAAAAGUUCGUGGCCUGCAGAACCUGGCUUAUCAGUUGGGACUGGAUGAAUCUAGAGAAAUGACUCGAGGGAAAUUCCUGAAUAUCCUAGAGAAACCCAAAAAGUAGCUGCCACAUCUGGAGUUUGGACAGAAAUACCCCAUUUUACGUACUGUGGAUCCAGUUGAACCCCAGAACUUCUAUGAAGUACAAAGCUCUUGCUGUAGACCUUCAGAAGCAAACAUCUCUUUUUGCUUCCACAGCUCAUCCUUUCGCAGGGGAGAGGCCUGCAAUUGGUUGCCUUGGAAUUUGGACUUCAUCUGACCAUAAGAUGUCCAAUAGGAGGACUUGGCCCUGACAUGCUGUGAUGAAGUUACCUGGUUUAAGUACCUAUUCAAAGUGAAUAGUCACAGUGUCCUUGCUCAGUUGCCUGCAGUGGCAGCACCUGUUUGCAGUACACAGCAGAUCUGAGACUGGCCAGUACCGAUCAUGAAGCGUUGACCCUUUGUGUGGGUUUUUUUUUUUUGCCUUAGAUGCAUUGAUUUCCAUUGUGCAACUUCUGUGCUAAAAGACUUCAGCAGAUUUUGGGGUGCAGAUUCACAAAUAGCACUGGUUCAGCAGGAGCAUAUGUUUUUAGCGUGGAAGCUGAGUGCAGACUGUGCAUUCAGUUCUAGUUACAGCCUACAGAGAAGCAUGUCUGUAGGCCUAAGGAGGACCUCCACACCUCUGGUGUACCAGGACCUUCAUCUCAGCACUAAGCAGUUCUCUAAUGAAAUCAAGACCAUAAGGGAGUAAGAGAUGUUGCUCUAUCACAAAGGAAAAUAUCCUUACAGAAACUUCUGCCAGUACACAAAGAAACAGCUUUGUCACUCCAUGGCAAUUCUCUUCAGUUUCUACCUCUGUAUGAAGUGGAAAGUUGCUAAUGUGAAAGGUGGUGAUCCCUUGCCCCCAAGCAGGGACACAUUGUGAGGAUGAUCUGCUUAAACAGAACAUUAACAUUUCUGAAAAUAACAUUUUGUGGUAUUUUUAACUACUUACAAAACAGCAACCAGAGAAUUUUCUUCCCUUACAAAAGUAGAAAUUUUAAGACACAGAAUAUUUUGUGACUUAGUCUCUUUCAGCACACAGUUUUGGACUUUAUUCAUCUACAGUUACGUGCUUUGUCCAUCUGUUAACACACUUCUGCCUGUUCACCCCUGAGAAGAGGUAAGGAGCAGCACAUU